ACUGUACUGUACUGUACAUAUUUUAGCUCAAAAAUGCGACUACAUGCAGAGUACCACCGAGAGCUUUUGCUUUAAAGCGUUGAAAUAAAGUUUGAAAAGGGAAAGGUAAUUAAAGUAAUGGUGGUGACAGAGUGAAGCAAAACAAAGAUAACCGCUUCAACAAUUCGCACAUGGCAAACAUGCAAUUCAUAUCGAUCGAUAUAAAACAAAACUGAAAUUCCGAAAAACGCGGUAACGUUUCUUACUUCAACUUAUAACUCUCUUAUACUUAUCGUUUCACCUCUCGACAACCUUGACGGUAACGAAACCAUACCUCGUACCACCGCCUUCAUUUUCUUUUUCUCAGAGGUUGAUAUUUAAUUAGGAUUUGGAAGUAUUGUAAGGGAGAAAUGAAAUUCGGGGACACAUUCAAAGAGUACUUGAAGAAAGAGAAGGAGUUGUUGUUGGAUGAGAAUUGUGCUCAUAUUGAAUAUAACAGGUUGAAAAAGGUGUUGAAGAGUUGUCAGAAUUGUAAACAUAACAACUCUUCUUCUGAUGAUGAUAACGACCAGUUAUGUCAAUGUCAAUCUUGCUCAUUAUGUGACCAGAAGUUCUUCUCCGAGUUGACGAAGGAAGCAUCAGAUAUAGCAGGAUACUUUAGUUCAAGAGUUCAGCAUCUCCUUCACCUUCAUAUCGCAAAAGGACUGCACAGAUAUGUAUUGCGUUUACGCCAGUGUUUUAAAAAUGACAGGGAAACCCUUGUCCAAGAAGGGAGGAUUCUAAUUAAGUACAUUACCAUGAACGCAAUUGCUGUGAGGAAAAUACUUAAGAAAUAUGAUAAAGUGCACAGCUCUAUGAAUGGGGAGAAUUUCAAAUCUAAGAUGCAGGCUGAGCAUAUUGAACUUUUACACUCACCUUGGCUGAUUGAAUUGGGUGCUUUUUAUCUGAAUUCGAGUGGACUAGAUGGUUCUGAGCUGCUUGAUGGAGUCCGUGGUCACUUUUCAUGUGAUUUUAAUGUAACGAAUGCUGUAAUGACAUUAAUUCUUCCAGAUUCUAUUAAGCUUGAGUAUGAUCUAACUUGUGCAAUUUGUCUGGAUUUUGUUUUCAAUCCAUAUGCUUUGAGUUGUGGACACUUCUUCUGCAAGUCAUGUGCUUGCUCUGCUGCAUCUGUGAUGACUUUCCAAGGCCUGAAAGCCGCAAGUCCAGAGUCAAAGUGUCCUAUAUGCAGAGAGGUAGGAGUUUAUUCCAAAGCGGUACGAAUGUUAGAACUCAAUCUGCUUAUGAAAAGAAGUUGCAAAGACUAUUGGAAAGAGAGGCUGGCUAGGGAAAAAGUCGAUGAGUUGAAGCAAUCAAGAGAAUUCUGGAAUUUGCAGUCCACAUAUACAAUUGGAUUGCUGUAGGUUUUGUUGCUAUGAUUUGGCAAGUAGAAAAUGAUGUUUGAUCAAAGAGAGAAAUGGCAAAUAAAAGCGGGAACUUAGGGAAGUUAGUUGCAUCUUCAACAGUCACGGCAGAGUUUGAUUGUCCGAUAGACAGUAAUUUUUUUUUUUCCACAUGGAUGUUAUCGAUUAAUUGUUAUUCUUUUCAUAUUUAAACGUCUAAACUUUUAUUUUAACAA